GGGAAUCAAGUGAACCUAACCUUUACUCACUCCAUCUGCGCCAUACCACUAUAUAUGGAACCCCAUCAACGACUAUCUUUGAAGCAACCCACUACCAAUUAAUCCCCCCCGCAAAAAAAGAAAAUAUCAUCUCCUGUAGUGUCUCUUCUGUUCCUCUAUUUCGUUUUCUCUUACAAUGGCCAGUUUUGUUUGUGCCGUUCUAGUCCUGUGUAUGGUGGUGGUACCAAGUUUGGCAACAGAUUAUACUAUAGGAGAUACCAGUGGCUGGACAAUGGGUCUUGAUUAUAGCACUUGGACUGCUGGCAAGACCUUUAAAGUUGGUGACAACCUCGUAUUUAACUACGGAGGAGGGCACACGGUGGAUGAAGUGAGUGCCAGUGACUACAACACAUGCACAGUAGGCAAUGGAAUUACAUCAGAUAGUAGUGGCGCUACCACCAUUGCUCUUAAGACAGCAGGGACUCACUACUUUAUAUGUGGAGUAGUUGGACAUUGUGGAAGUGGCAUGAAGCUUGCAGUUACUGUAAAGGCAGCAGGAUCAUCAACAGAGACUAGUGCUACUCCAUCUUCUGGCACUUCUACUCCUGCUACUUCUACUACAUCACCUUCUGGGAGUAAUACCACUAUCUACAAACCUUCCUCUAACUAUCCUGAGUCUGCUUCAGGAAUUCUUUCUCCAUUUAUAGCUAUAGUGGUGACUUUGGUUUCAUUUUGUGCUAUGAUUUUCUCAUUGUAAAGCUUGGCAAAGAUGGUCACCCUUUAGCCAGGAUAGAGGCAGUGCUCUCUUGUUCUUUUGUCUUUCUCUUAAUUUGCAUUCGGGAUUGCUUUUCAUUAUGAAUGUUGAGUAGGUAAUAUAUAAUUAUCAAUGUUAGUCAUGGUUUGUUUC